AUGAAUGAGAUAUUUGGCAGUUUCGGUGAUUUGGUGGUUGCUAGGCCGAUCGAACAUUGUGGAUCUCAUGACAUGAGUUUUGGCGGUAGGUUAAACCCAGCUUUGCAGAUCCACGAAGAUGGUGGUGAAAGUGGAUGUGGUGGUAAAGUAUGGGUUGCCGGUGAGCUGCUAUGCGAUUACAUAGUGGAAAAAUCGGAUGAGGACGAUUUACUGGCAAACUGGGAUACUUCAAAAGUACAAAAAUUCAGAAACAUUAUAGAACUCGGAAGCGGGACUGGGUUGGUCGGUCUUUGCGUGGCCCUGCUCGAAAAACAGUUUUUUCACAAGGGUAUUAAGGUUACAAUCACCGAUAUCGAUCAAUUGGUACCGUUGAUGCAAAAAAAUAUUGAGCUCAAUUGUGUAAACACAGAAAUGAUCGCAGAAGAGUUGUGGUGGGGAGAACCGCUAUCUGGUGCCUUUGCUCCACAUAGUGAAGGUUUGUCCAAAGUGACGUCUGUUGAUUUGAUACUCGCCGCUGAUUGUGUAUAUUUGGAGAAGGCAUUCCCCUUAUUGGAGAAAACUUUGUUGGACUUGACGAACUGUAGUAAACCUCCAGUUAUCCUGAUGGCAUACAGGAAACGAAGGAAUGCUGACAAACGUUUUUUCCGGAAGAUCGGGAAGCAUUUUACGGUACGUGAGAUCACUGACUUUAGCACGUACGACCAAUACUUGAAACAAAGGACACACCUGUUUGAGUUAAUUAGGAAUUGA